AUGCCUCCUAAGCAGCCCGCGAAGGGCAGUAAGACGCCCGCCAAGUCCCAGAAGGCGAAGCCGACUGGCUCUGGAAAGGCCAAGAAGAAGAAGUGGUCCAAGGGAAAAGUCCGUGACAAGCUGAACAAUUUGGUUUUGUUCGACAAGGCCACGUACGAUAAAUUGUACAAAGAAGUUCCCAGCUACAAGCUGAUCACUCCUGCUGUUGUGUCAGAACGUCUGAAGAUUCGUGGAUCGUUGGCAAGGCGUGCUUGCAGGGAGAUGGAAGACAAGGGCUUGAUCAAGGUCGUAUCGUCCCAUCACCGCCAAGUUAUCUAUACUCGUGCUACAAAGGAAUCUGAGUAG